UGGACUUCGCCCGUACCCGGCUGGCCGCCGACGUCGGCAAGGGUGGCGCCCGCGAGUUCACCGGCCUGGGCAACUGCCUGGUCAAGACAUUCAAGUCGGACGGCAUGCUGGGCCUGUACCGCGGCUUCGGCGUCUCCGUGCAGGGCAUCAUCAUCUACCGCGCCUCGUACUUCGGCUUCUUCGACACGGCCAAGGGCUACCUGCCCGACCCUAAGAACACCCCGCUCGUCGUAUCGUGGGCCAUCGCCCAGACGGUGACCACCGUCGCCGGCAUCAUCUCGUAUCCGUUCGACACCGUACGGAGGCGGAUGAUGAUGCAGUCAGGCCGCAAGGGCACCGACAUCAUGUACAAGAGCACCCUCGAUUGCUGGCGCAAGGUAGCCGCCCAGGAGGGCGGCGGUGCCUUCUUCAAGGGCGCCUUCUCCAACGUCCUCCGCGGCACAGGUGGUGCGCUCGUGCUCGUGCUGUACGACGAGCUGAAGACACUCAUGUUCGGCUAGAUGUUGCGUCAGCACCGGUGUUAGGAGCCAGAGGUUGCCACUAGCCGUAUAUUACGUUGCUUCGCCGUUGGUCUCACGCGCGCCGCCCAACGUCAACCUGGUCCGGUGGUUUGUUGGGAAAUAGUUCUGGACCAGUGCAACAAUGCAAUGUACAUACUGAGGUGCACAUUCCGUGUACAUCAACCGAAGCUCACGCGGGUCCUUGUGGAAGCUGCAUUACGAACUGCCAUGUCAUCGCCCAGCCGACUUGCACGCGACGUAAUGUCCUGUAAUGAUGAGCGUGAGAGGGUAGGAAUGGCCGGCACCAUCCUCAGCUGUCGUGCGUGAGUUCUUCACAUGAGAAUGACCUGUCGCCUCAGGGAAUCUGUCAGUCACUGUAAUUCGAAAAUACACACGAGCACAGCCA